GGAGGUGGCCGGGGGAGAGCUUGCAAUGCCGGCAGGACAGAGCAGCAGGCUGCAGCGGUAUUUGGUCUUUGUGGCUGUGACCUGGGGCGCCAGCAUCUUCCCCUCACCAGCCCAGGGUCUGCAAAGGAUCGCGCUGAGGAGGAUGCCCUCCAUCCGCCAGACGCUGCAGGAGAUGGGCGUGAAGGUGUCGGACGUCUUCCCCGAGCUGAGGCAGAGCAAACGCUGCGGCGCAGCUGGCCCUCGAAACGGGACGGCUCCCACUGUCCUCACCAACUACCUGGAUACCCAGUACUUCGGCGAGAUCAGCAUCGGCACCCCAGCGCAGACCUUCAAGGUGGUCUUCGACACGGGCUCGGCCAACCUGUGGGUGCCGUCCCACAAGUGCUCGCCGCUGUACAGCGCCUGCGUUUCCCACAGCCGCUACGACUCCUCCAAAUCGCGCACGUACAUAGCCAACGGCACGGGGUUCGCGAUCCGCUACGGCACGGGGAGCGUCAAAGGCUUCCUCAGCCAGGACAUCGUCAUGGUGUCGGAUAUCCCCAUCAUCCAGGUCUUCGCGGAGGCCACGGCGCUGCCUGCCUUCCCCUUCAUCUUCGCCAGGUUCGACGGGGUGCUGGGCAUGGGCUACCCCAGCCAGGCCAUCGACGGCAUCACCCCCGUCUUCGACCGGAUCCUCUCCCAGCAGAUCCUCAAGGAGGACGUGUUUUCCGUCUACUACAGCCGAGCUUCCAAGAACUCCCCUCUGAAACCCGGUGGGGAAAUAAUCCUCGGGGGAAGCGACCCAGCCUACUACACCGGGGACUUCCACUACCUGAGCGUCAGCAGGAGCGGAUACUGGCAGAUCAGCAUGAAGGGGGUGUCCGUAGGGGCCGAGACGCUAUUCUGCAAAGAAGGCUGCUCGGUGGCCAUCGACACGGGAGCGUCCUACAUCACCGGCCCAGCCGGCCCCGUGUCCGUGCUGAUGAAAGCCAUCGGGGCGCUCGAGAUGGCCGAGGGAGAGUUCGUUGUCGACUGCGACAAGGUCCCGCAGCUGCCCAACAUCUCCUUCCACCUCGGGGGAAAGGCCUACGGGCUCAGUGGCUCAGCCUACGUCCUCCGGCAGUCACAGUACGGGGAGGACGUCUGCGUGGUGGCUUUCUCGGGUCUGGACAUCCCACCCCCCGCUGGCCCCCUCUGGAUCCUGGGAGCCAGCUUCAUCGGGCACUACUACACCAAGUUCGACCGGCGCAACAACCGCAUCGGCUUUGCCACGGCCCUCUGACGGCGGGGGGACGGGACGGAGAGGGAGCGGCUCGGAGGCACAUUCAGGGUGGAGACCAAAGCGGGAUCACGUGUCCAGAGUGGCAGCUCCAGCGAUUUCAGGGUGAUGUGCAAUAGCCCAGCUAGCGUGUGGCAAAGCCAGCGGUGCCCGCGGGUUGCGGAUGUACUGAGCAGUGACGGUCCGCCUUACUCUGAGCGGGAGAAAAAUAAUCUGGCUGUAUUCAACGACACUUUGAGCUGGUGUUAACCCCAUCCCUCUCCAUGACUUAGCAUUAAACAAAACCUC